AUGACAAUGUCUGUUAAAUUUCAAAUUAUGCUUUGUCCAUGUGCUGCUGAUAUUAUUAAAGUUACUUAUAAUCAUGUAAAUUCAAUGCGAAAAUUAGUUCGCAGUUCAACAGUACUUGAUCUUUUGGAUAAAGCAUUUAUAGCUUUUAAUAAACAAUAUGAACGAUUAAAUGAUGUUGAAUGGUUACUUAUUCGUGAUACAAUACUUUUUUUCUUUCAAGACGUCCAUAUUCGAGUUUCUAUUUUUCUUCGUGAAAAUUUACAAACUCAACAAGGUGUAUUUAUAGUGAAAACAAAUGGUAUUGUUCCAAAUGGUUUUCAAACACCCGGUGAAAUUCGAACAUAUAAAAGAGGUCGUUUGAAUAAUACGCAUACAUUCAAUGCCGGUGAACAUCAUGAACCACCUGAUGAUAAACGUACUUUUCAUUUGGGUCUUAAUAUUUAUUCGAAAAGUAAAAGUUCAAAUGAAAGUUUAUUAAGUGAUAGUGCUGUUCGUCGACCAUCUGUUAUGGUCAAUGCUGCAUCAGAUAUUGAAAUGAUUAAUCCUGAUCCAAAAAUGAUUGCACAACUUAAUUUACUUUCCGAUCUUAUUGGUAAUAGUAGUGGCGGAGAUUCAUCACGAUCUGGUCUUCUAAAAUUGUCAUUAUUCGAUGAUGAUGAGGAUGAAGAUACUGGUCCACCAAUUCAAAAACGUCCUCAAGCAUCAUCAACAAGCAAUCAACGACCGAAAAAUGAAGAUAUUACUAUUGAUGUAUCAAAACGAAAUCAAAAUCCUCGUUUAUCUCAUGUUCUACAAGAUUUUGAUUUUGAUGAACGUUCAACACGUCGAGGAAAAAAGGAUGAUGAUGAUGAUGAUGAUUUAUGCGCAAUGAUGGAUCGUUUACCUGGCAGUACUGGAAACAAACGACGUUGA